AUGGCCGACACGAUUGAUGAUCAGAGCAAAGGCGGCGCAGAUGGGACCGAAAAUGAAACUUCGGGAACUGCGUCUGCUGCUGCCAGUAAUGACAACAAGUUCCAGCAGGCUGUGGCAGCAUGGCGUUCGCUCGAUCUGACAACGCUCGUAAAGGCCCUCGAUUCGACCGCGGAGGAAAUGGUCACCCAGCAAAAAGAGUCGCUGGUGCAGCGUAAAGAGUUGGCGGCAAAGACCAAGGACUUUCGAAAGAUGGACGAUACGGCCAAGCUGGCUGAGAUGAAGGACCUGUUGAAAGCCUAUCAGAGUUACAUCGACGUGGUCACGACCCAUAACAAAGCAGUCUCAUCCGCCUUCAUGCAGGCAUACUCUCCUCUUUCAGAAGCACCGGAUCCUUACCCUCUAUUGGAGGCCAGCAUUGAUUCCUUGAUCACAGCGGAUGAGGUGGUGCCGAGGUUGGAGAGUGAAAACGUACAGCUGCACAAACAAGUUUCGAAGCUCAACGGCCAGCUUGAGGAGCGUGAAAAACAAUUGGAGACCGAGCGGAACAAACGUCAGUCCUUUGAAGGGUCACAGGAUUCGCGGGUGAAGGAAGUGGAGGAGAGCUGGUCGAAGGUAUUGCAGGAGAAGGAGGAGAAUUGGACAAGCAGGGAGCAAUCCCUGGAAGAAAAGGUUCAGAACCAGGAGAGGUUGCUAAAAGAGUUAAAAGCCAACUAUGAGGUUUCACAGAGACUGGAAAAGUCAGGCGAGGACCAAGGCCUUGGAGAGCGCAGCAAUGCGGCUGCCGCCGAAUUGGAGAUUGUCACAUCGGAACUGGAGAAGACGUCCAUCAGACUGUCGGAUAUGGAGGCGAGAAAUGAACAGCUGAGGCUUGAGCUUGCCCAGACCGCUACGCAGUCCAACAGCUMAGGACGGAACACUUCUGUGGAAGAUGAUCCAGCUUUCUUGCGACUGCGAUCCGAGAAUUCGUCACUUCUCCGCCGCUUGGACACUGCCCGGCUCGACAGAGAUGCGGACAGGACCACUCUCGAGAACAGACUGCGAAGCGUGGAGAGAGAGCUAACCACCCUCAAAACCGACCGUGAUGCUCUGCAGACAAAGGUUUCUAAGUGGUCUGAUUAUGAUGAAGUCAAGCGCGAGUUGGAAAUGAUUCGUGCUAUCGAAUUCUCCGGCGGUGAUGAUCUGGAUGAUAGUGAAGACAUUUCGCACGCUUCCAAUGGCGCAACUCAAGGGGGCGAGAGCCUGGAACAACUCCUCGUUGCCAGAAACAAGAAAUUGAGCAAUGAGCUUACCGAGCUGCGAGUGUCGAAUCAAGAUCUACAGCGAAGAUUUGAAGAUUUGCAAGAAGAUCUCUCCACAGCCAACAUGGAUCUCGAGAAAUCUCGAAAACUCAAUGCAACGUUGGAGAACGAUCUGCAGAAGACACAGCAGGAGGCUAGCAAUGCUUUUGAGACGAUGAGUGUUGCGGGAACAUAUACGUCUCGAUACCCCAAGUCCUCCUACGGCAGUAGGAGAGGCGGAGGAGGAACCUCGCCGACAUCUUCUAUUAUCGGCGGCUUCGAAGGCGCCGGUUCCUCCUCCCCCCGCACGCUGGAUGCCCUCCGUGCCGGAGAAGCUGGUGCGGGAGGCGGCAUCCUUCCAAUGGUCACUGCGCAGCGCGAUCGAUUCAAAAAGAAGAUGGGCGAGUUGGAGACUGAGCUGCAGAAGCAGUACGCCUUGGUAUCCAGCUUGCGAUCUGAAGUCGCAAGCUUGCAGAAGGAUAAUCUCAAUCUCUAUGAGAAGACGAGAUAUGUCUCCUCUUAUAAUCGUGUGCAACCCACAAGCUCCGGCGCAGCCUAUGGAGGCAAUCCGAAUCCUUCGGCUGUGCAAAUUGGGGGUGGAGGUGACUUGGAUGGGAGAUAUAAAUCUGCAUACGAGCAAAACCUUUCUCCCUUUGCGGCGUUUAGAGGCAGGGAGAGCGCGCGGGUGCUGAAGAGAAUGAGUUUGCCAGAAAAGGCCGUGUGGAGAGUGUUGAAAGUGGUGUUGGCUACGAGGUGGAGUCGGAACCUCUUUGCAACAUAUCUCUGCGCGCUACAUAUUUUCGUGCUAAUGGUUCUUUUUGGGCAUAACGAUGUUACGGCUGGGCCGAGCAUGCCUAUGGCAGGCGUUCUUGGAGGUGACUCGCCACGAGGAGCUGAAUACUUACCAGAGGGAUUUGAAAGUGGUGGAAAGUCUUAG